AUGUUUAUCAACAUAGGUGAUAGUACGACCUUGACAACAACAGUUAAUCACGAGACCACUUUAAUGACAGCUUCUGAAAAUACUGUCAAGAAUCAAGCUACAACCGUUGGCAAAACUAUUAUGAAUUGGAACAGCACGACCAUGUCAUCCACAGAAAAACCCGAGAGCACAUUUAUUACAGCUUCUAACGGACAUACUUCUCAGAAUCAUCCUACAAGUGGAGGUGAAAGUACGACCUUGUCAUCAACAGAAACUCUCGAGACCACAUUUAUUACAUCUUCUAAUGAACAUACUGUUCAGAACCAAGCUACAAGUGAUGCCAUGUGUCCUUGCAGUUGUGAAUAUUUCGACAAAAUCGAAUACUGGAGUCAAGAAGCUAACCAAAUUAAACAGUACAACGAAUUGAGUCAGGAACUUGCCCAAAUCAAGAACAUAUUGAAGAUGGAAACCAAAAAUCUGACAGCUUAUCUUAAUACAAAGAAAAGCGUUGGUGAUCAGCGUCCGUCAUCCCGUGCCACAGGGUACGUGGGUGGUGUGAUUCUGGUUCUCAUACUUUGUUGCCUGGUUCUCCUGGACAUCCUCAAGUGUUCCCACUUAAAGAACAUGUAA